CGCCUUGAAGUCUCGCGAGAUCCUGGCUGGGCCCAAUGGAACACUGGCCCCAGCUUAGAACUAGGGGCGAUUGUUGGGGGCGCGCGAGUGGGUGGCGAGCUACAUUUAGGCCCGUUUGCGGCCGUUGAGAGCAGAGAGCCGUAGCAAUGAAGGAGGAGAGGGAGCACAGGCCUAAGGAGAAGCGAGUAACCCUCUUGACUUCCCCGGGGGCCACAGGCAGCGGCGGAGGGGCUUCGGGGGACAGCACCAAAGGGGAAGACAAGCAGGAUCGAAACAAGGAGAAGAAAGAGGCGCUGAGCAAGGUGGUAAUUCGGAGAUUACCUCCCACUUUGACCAAGGAGCACCUUCAGGAACAUCUGCAGCCUAUGCCCGAGCAUGAUUACUUUGAGCUUUUUUCUAAUGAUACUAGUCUUUAUCCUCAUAUGUAUGCCAGAGCAUACAUCAACUUUAAAAACCAGGAGGACAUUAUUUUGUUCAGGGAUCGCUUUGACGGUUAUGUAUUCCUUGACAAUAAAGGUCAGGAAUAUCCUGCUAUAGUAGAAUUUGCACCUUUUCAAAAAGCUGCAAAAAAGAAGACUAAGAAAAGAGAUACCAAAGUUGGGACUAUUGAUGAUGAUCCAGAAUAUAGAAAAUUUUUGGAAAGUUAUGCUGCAGAUGAGAAAAUGACAUCUACUCCAGAGACACUGCUAGAGGAAAUAGGAGGAAAAAACAGAGAAUUAAUAGCUAAAAAGACAACCCCACUUUUGAGCUUCCUGAAAAACAAGCAGAGAAUGAGAGAAGAAAAAAGAGAAGAAUGGAGGAGGCAAGAAAUAGAAAGAAAAAGACAAGGAGAAGAAGAGAGGAGAAAGUGGGAAGAGGAAGAGGAACGAAAAAAGAAAGAUAUAGAAAAGCUGAAGAAAAUAGACAGAGUUCCAGAAAGGGACAAAUUAAAGGAUGAACCAAAGAUUAAGCUGCUCAAGAAGCCAGGAAAAGGAGAUGAAAAAGAAUUGGGCAAAAGAGAAAAAGCCAAGAAACUGGACAAAGAGAAUCUGAAUGAUGAAAGAGCCAGUGGGCAAAGUUGUACACUGCCCAAGUGUUCUGAUGGCAGAAUUAAAGAUGAAAAGCUUAAAAGACCUGAAGAUGAGAGUGGCAGAGACUACAGGGAGAGGGAACAGGAUUACGAACGAGAUCAAGAGCACAUACUUCGGGAAAGAGAGAGGCUGAAGCGGCAAGAGGAAGAGCGCCGGAGGCAGAAGGAGUGCUAUGAGAAAGAGAAGGCUUUCAAAAGGAAGGAAGAAGAAAUGAAAAAAGAGAAAGACGCACUUCGGGAUAAAGGAAAGAAAACUGAAAGCACAGAAUCAGUAGGCAGUGCAGAAAAAAUUGAAAAGAAAGAGGAGGUGGUUAAGAGAGAUCGCAUAAGAAACAAGGAUCGCCUAGCAAUGCAGCUUUACCAACCAGGAGCUCAAAGCCGAAAUCGACUCUGUCCCGCUGAUGACAGCACCAAGUCUGGAGAUUCAGCAAUAGAAAAGAAGCAGAAAAAUGGUAUUAGCCAUAGAAAAGAAGAGGGAGAGGAGUGA